AUGCUUCUCUGGAUCUCGCUCUCUCUUUUAUAUGCAGUCGUUUAUGCAUUCCCGUCGCCAUUGAGGCAGCGCGAUUCGAUAACGACUCUGAGCGAUUCGGAAGUCGAGGCUUUCAAGCCCUACACUUACUACGCCAGUGCAGGUUAUUGCGAGCCAUCGACGACCUUGGCUUGGGAUUGCGGAAGUAAUUGCGAGGCUAACUCUGCUUUUGAACCCGUUGCGUCAGGCGGCGACGGCGAUUCCGUGCAAUACUGGUAUGUGGGCUAUGAUCCCGACCUCGAAACCGUCAUCGUGGCUCACCAGGGAACGGAUACGUCAAAAUUGUUGCCAAUAAUUACUGAUGCCGACUUUUUCCUGACAGAACUUGAUGCUGAUCUGUUCCCCGGCAUCAACUCCGAUAUCGAGGUCCAUAGCGGUUUCAAAGAGUCUCAGGCUGACACGGCUACUGAUGUUCUUGCGGCAGUAACAAGCGCAAUGUCGACUUACUCGACUAGCACUGUCACUGUUGUUGGCCACUCCCUUGGGGGAGCUAUCGCCCUUCUAGAUGGUGUUUAUCUCACCUUGCAACUGUCAUCUGCGUCUGUAUCCGUGAUCAGCUAUGGUAUGCCCCGAGUGGGAAACCAGGCAUUCGCUGAUUGGGUCGAUGAAUACGUCACCGUCUCGCAUGUCAACAACAAGAAGGACCCAGUGCCGAUUCUUCCCGGACGCUUCCUCGGUUUCCAUCAUUGCUCCGGUGAAAAGCAUAUCACUGAUUCCGAUGCAUGGGUCAGCUGUCCAGGGCAGGACAACGAUGAUGAUCAAUGCAUAGUUGGAGAGGUCGCUAACAUAUUAGAGGGCGAUGCGGAUGAUCAUAGUGGGCCGUACGAUGGUGUGACCAUUGGGUGCUAA